AUGGACUCGGUUAACAGCGGGAGCCUUCAGUCCUCCAGCGGCGAAGGCAAUGAGUUCAACUCAAGCAGUGCCGACUCCCUUUCUGCCUUCUUCCGAUCCACCGCCGCCGCCGCGCUUCCGCCUCCGCAACCGCCACCGCCCUCCUCCUCGGUCCACAACCACCACUUCUUCGACCCCAUCUCCUACCUCGACUCCAUCACCUCCACCACCCCCUCCUGGCCGCCUGGCGCCCUCCGCGCCUCCCAUAAUGUCGGCGUCUUUCCCUCCAUCACCACCACCCCCUCCUGCUCCUCGCCCGACGUCAACUACCCGACGCCGGUGCAACCGCCCGACCAGUCCGCCGCCGCGCCACGGAGCUCGAAGAAGCGGUCGAGAGCCUCACGCCGGGCGCAGACGACGGUGCUGACCACCGACACCUCCAACUUCCGCGCCAUGGUGCAACAAUUUACCGGCAUACCAUCUCCUCCGUUCGACAUCGCCCCCACCGCUACGUCUUCGUCCCCCUUUGCCAGAUCACGCCUCAACGUCUUCCGUUCCGCUGCUGCCUUUGGAUCCACCUCUGCCCCUCCGCCGCCGCCUUUCCUCCUCCGGCCCUUCCAGCCUAAGGUCCAAGGUUCUACCUUAACUACAUCUACCACUACUGUUACCACUGCCCCCGCCAUCUGUUCUUCUUCUACUACCACUGGUUCUAACGCUAGCACAAGCUUUGCUGCUACUAACAGUACUAUCUUCGAUUCCAGUCUCAGUGCCUCAGCUCGAAUUUCUACUACUAGUAGUAGUGCUAAUCCAUCUAAUAACAACAACAACUACCAAUUGCCUUCACCUACUCUUGCAUAUGGCAGCAAAAGCCAACCACUUCUGAGCACCCAAAACCACAUGCUUACCUUGCAAUCCCUUCUCCACGCAAAGUGCACAAAGCCUCAAAUUCCUAUGCCGUCAGCCGAGCAAUCGAGAUGGACCAACGGGUACCCAACAGAGGCCGGCGAUCGAGCUCGGUCGAGUCCGAUCUCUGCAGGAAACUCCAGUGGCUCGCAGCAAGGAAUGAGCGGUUGCAAGCUGAACUACCUGGCGCCGGGUUCAUCGGAGUGCAGUGCGGAGCAAGGGUCGGAGCGCGCCACAGCGUCGAGGAGUGAAGGUGCGAUGGACUCCUGGAUUUUUUCUUCAGAUUAG